AUGAUAGAAAGUGCUAAACAAAAAUAUGCAGAUUUAGCAACUAAACAUAAUGAACUUGUGAAGAAGUUUAAUGCUGCAGUGGCAAUGGAGAAGGAGCAGCGCAGCAAAGGCGACGAAGCAGCAGCAGCAGCAGCAGCUGCUGCUGCUAUAGCCGAGGAGAAGCAGCAAGCAGCAGCCACUGCGGAGCAGCAGCUGCAGCAGACGCAGCAGCAACUCGCAGCGCUGCAGAAGGAGCUAAGCGAAGCAAAAGCAGCAGCAAAGAAAGCAGAGGACGCCCAGAAGGCAGCAGAGAAGAAGGCUGCUGCUGCUGCUGCUGCUGCACCUGCAGCAACUGCAGCAGCAGCAAAAGCAGCCCCACCAAAAGCUGCUGCCAAGGCAAAGGCUGCUGCGCCCAAGGCAAAGGCCCCAGCCCCUCCUCCGCCGGCGGAUGAGCCCGAAGCAGCAGCAGCAGCAGCAGCAGAAGCUCCUGCGGAGAGCUCUGGCGGAUUCUUUUCUUGGUUUGGCGGCGGCACUGCAGCAGCAGAACCUGCAGCAGCAGAGGAAGCAGCAGCAGCAGCAGCAGACGGUGAGCCUGCUGCUGCUGCAGAGCCAGCUAGCAGCGGCUGGAGCCUCUGGUAG